AUGAAUAUCGAAGAGUUUCGUGUUCGUGGGAAAGAAAUGGUGGAGUAUAUUUGUGAGUAUCUUCGAACCUUGGAGGGUAAACGAGUAACAGCGAACGUCGAUCCCGGUUAUUUAAGGCCUCUUUUACCUAACGAAGCACCCGCCAAACCAGAAUCAUGGGACGCCAUCAUGAGGGAUGUAGAAUGUAAAAUAAUGCCCGGAAUCACUCACUGGCAACAUCCACGAUUUCACGCCUACUUCCCAUCCGGGAACUCAUUCCCGUCGAUCCUAGGGGACAUGUUAUCGGAUGCAAUCGGCUGCAUCGGAUUUUCUUGGGCAGCGAGUCCAGCCUGCACAGAACUAGAAACAAUCGUCCUCGAUUGGUUGGCCAAAGCCAUAGGUCUACCACCACAAUUCCUCACCGAAAAUGAAUCCGCCAAAGGUGGCGGAGUAAUUCAAGGUUCAGCAUCCGAGUGCAUUCUCGUCUCAAUGCUCGCAGCUCGAACCCAGAUAAUCAGAAUGCUAAAGAAACAAGACCCAACAACCGAAGAUUCAGCCUUCCUCCCAAGACUCGUAGCCUACUGUUCCACCGAAUCUCACUCCUGCGUAGAGAAAGCAGCCAUGAUCAGUUUCGUAAAACUGCGAGUUCUCGAACCAGACGAAAAAUGUCGUCUGCGCGGCAAGAGACUAGAAUCCGCUCUUCGCGAAGACACAGCUAAUGGUCUAGUACCCUUCUUCGUCUCCACUACUCUCGGAUCCACCGGUUGUUGUUCCUUCGACAACCUCGUCGAAAUCGGACCGAUUUGUAAGAAGUACUCAGGAAUCUGGCUUCACGUCGACGGAGCCUACGCCGGAAGCGCCUUCAUAUGUCCAGAGCUACGACCUCUGAUGGCUGGCAUCGAGCAUGCAGACUCCUUCAACACCAAUCCAAAUAAAUGGCUCUUGGUGAAUUUUGACUGUUCCUGUCUAUGGGUGCGAGACAGGGUCAAACUGACAUCAGCCAUGGUGGUCGAUCCUCUUUAUCUUCAGCACGCCAACUCGGGAGAAUCGAUAGACUAUCGCCACUGGGGAAUUCCACUUAGCAGACGAUUUCGAGCCUUGAAACUAUGGUUUGUGAUGAGAUCUUAUGGUAUAACUGGUUUGCAGAACUACAUCAGGAAUCACAUCAGAUUAGCGAAGAGGUUCGAGUCGAAAAUCAAAAGAGACAAGAGGUUCGAGGUUCUUAACGAAGUUAUGGUGGGACUGGUGUGCUUCAGGAUGAAGGACAGUGACGAGAUCAAUCAGGAACUUUUGGCGAACAUCAAUGCUUCCGGGAAAUUGCACAUGAUCCCGUCAAGAGUGAUGAAUAAAUACACUUUGAGAUUCUGCGUUGUGAAAGAAGAUGCAACAGAUCACGAUAUUGACUUUGCGAUUGAUGUUAUCCAGGAACAUGCGGCGGAGGUCUUGGUAGCACGUUACGAAGCUGAUGAGGAAUUCUUGGCGAAGAGUCCUAAGAGUCCAGCAGCUCUGGAUAAGAAACUAGUGCGAAAGUUCAGUUUUACGAGGAGUGUUUCCAGAGCUGCUUACAGAAGAUCAAUGUCGAAGACGAGCCUUCAUGAUGGAGCCACGCCGAUCAUGGUCGUUGAAGAACACCACCGCCCUGUUGAGACCAUUGAAGAGGACAUGUUCUGUGAUAGUCGGUAG